AUUAUUUGAAGAAGCCAAUCAUUUCCAGUACCUUUUAUUUGAAGGCCAGGUUGAUAACUGUAGAAUCGAGGAAGUUUUACACACCGAGACCUGAUUUUCUUUCUUUACUUAACAUUUUAAUUUUUACUUUGUCUUCAAUCAGUACUUGAUAAAAUGAAGGACCGUCUGGCGCAGUUGAAGGAGAAGAGUGAUCCAAGUGGAGAUGACAUCGAGGUCCCAGUGGAAAAUGAGGCUUUCAUGGACAGCUUCUUUGCACAAAUUGAAGAUAUACGCACCAGCAUUGACAAAAUUGAUGAAAGCAUAACGGAAAUUAAGAAACUUUACUCCACCAUCUUGUCGGCCCCAACAUCUGACCAAAAAAUACAAGAUGAUGUUGAAGCUCUCACCAAUGAAAUAAAAAAGUCUGCAAACAAUGCACGAAACAAGCUCAAGAGUAUUGAGCGGCAGCUUGAAUCAAACACGGAUGAAAGAGCCUCAGCUGACCUCAGGAUACGCAAGUCACAGCAUGCUAUUCUGGCCAAAAAGUUUGUGGAAGUUAUGACAAAGUACAACGAAGCUCAAGUUGAUUUCAGAGAUAAAAGCAAAGGAAGAAUUGCUCGCCAGCUGGAGAUCACGGGAAAAGCAACAACUGAUGAAGAACUGGAGAUGAUGCUGGAAGGGGGAAAUUCUGCUGUUUUCACUGCUGGGAUUAUGGAGUCGAAGAUCAACCAGCAGGCACUGGAUGAGAUCGAGGCUCGUCAUAAAGACAUCAUGAGGCUGGAAAGCAGCAUUAAAGAGCUUCAUGACAUGUUUGUUGACAUUGCCAUGCUGGUAGAAAACCAGGGUGGCAUGAUAGACAGAAUUGAAAGCAACAUGGACCAGUCAGUGGGUUUCGUAGAGAGGGCAGUGGCUGACACCAAGAAGGCUGCCAAAUUCCAGCAGGAGGCGCGCAGGGUGAGUUGGACCACUCUCAAGCCUUACUUCAAUCUUGUAAAAGCAUUAGAAUUUAGAACAAUAAGAUGACUGGAGAGUGCAG